GUGGGGAAACGAAGGGAGGGAUUCGGACACAAGCACGCGACCGUCUUCGGUUUUUCUGCGGUUGUUGGGGCUUGUGUUACAGAUGUCCGCGACAUGUCAGGUGUGUCUGUCGGAGAGCCUCGUCACGUUUGAAACAUGUGGCUCAAACCGGAAGAAUUCCUGCUGAAAAACGCGUUCAAGCUGUGGGUCACCGAGAAGGAUAACGAGUACUUCGUGCUGCAGAGGAGACGCGGGUACGGAGAAGGUGGCGGCGGCUUGACAGGCCUUCUUGUGGGAACUCUUGAUACCGUGUUGGACUCCACAUCCAAAGUCGCCCCCUUUCGUAUUCUACACUACACACCUGACUCGCAGGUGUACUGGUCAAUAGCAUGUGGUGUCACCAGAGAGGAGAUAGUGCAGCACUGGGACUGGCUGCAGCAGAACAUCAUGAGGACGCUCUCUGUUUUCGACUCCAGUGAAGACAUCACCAGCUUUGUCCAGGGGAAGAUUAGAGGCCUGAUCGCAGAAGAAGGGAAGACAUCCCUGGUGCUGGAGGAUGAUCCGGAGAAGUUCAGAGAAGCACUUCUGCGUUUUGAAAAGUGGUUCGACCUGCCCCCCCAGGAGAAGCUGGUCACGUAUUACUCGUGCAGCUACUGGAAAGGCAAAGUUCCCUGCCAGGGCUGGCUCUACCUCAGCACCAACUUCCUGUGCUUCUACUCGUACCUUCUGGGAUCUGAAGUGAAGCUGGUCAUCUCCUGGGAUGAGAUCUGGAGGCUGGAGAAAACAUCUAAUGUUAUUCUGACAGAGAGUAUCCACGUUCUGGCUCACGGAGAGGAUCACUACUUCUCCAUGUUACUGCACCUCAACGAAACGUUUGUUAUCAUGGAGCAGCUGGCUGACUACGCCAUCAAGCGUCUUUUCGAUAAAGAGGCCUUCCAGAGAGAGCCUGCACUCUCAGACCCCCUGCAAAUUACCAAGAGAGGCCUUGAAGCACAUGCAAAAAGUCAGCAGUUCCGGACGUUUUUCAGGCUUCCCAAAGAGGAAAACCUGUUAGAGGUGCACGAGAGCUACUUGUGGGUGCCCUUCAGCCAUUUUAACACACUGGGCAAGGUCUGCCUGUCUGAGAACUACUUGUGCUUUGCCAGUCAAGAUGGAAGUCAGUGCCAUGUUGUCAUUCCAAUGCGAGAGGUUGUAAGUGUCGAGAAGCCAGAUUCCAGCAGCAGGGCUUUAACGGUGUGUGUGCGCGGCAAGAGAGCGUUGCGUUUUUCUGAGGUGCGGGACUACCAGCGUCUCGCAAACACGAUCCGCAGCAGGUGUGGGAUCAGUGCCAGCCCACAGCACUCUGGUUCAUCAGAGGGCAUACGAGGGGAAUGCCAGUCCCUCAUAAAUCACUUCGAGGACAAUCCGGAGGACGUAACUCUCAUGGUGGGACAGAAAGACAACAGUAAGGCUGUCAGCACCAAGGCUCUCAUGACUGUUUUCCACCCCCAGGAUGUUGAAAACCUUGACCCUAAAAUGCUUAAAGAGAAGAUGAAGGAGCAGUCUUGGAACAUCCAUUUUUCUGAAUAUGGACGUGGGACUAGUAUGUUUUUCACCAAAAAGACACGAGACUUGAUCGUUCGUGGCAUUCCUGAAUCCUUGAGGGGAGAGCUGUGGAUGCUGUUUUCAGGCGCUGUAAACGACAUGGCCACUCACCCCGGUUAUUACAGUGAGCUGGUGGAGCAGUCUCUGGGCACGAGCACGCUGGCUACAGACGAGAUCGAAAGGGAUCUGCAUCGCUCUCUGCCUGAGCACCCGGCAUUUCAGAGCGACACGGGAAUCUCGGCUUUGCGCAGAGUCCUCACUGCCUACGCAUACAGGAACCCCAAAAUUGGAUACUGUCAGGCCAUGAACAUUCUGACCUCGGUUCUUCUUCUGUACGCAAAAGAAGAGGAGGCUUUCUGGCUGUUGGUAGCUGUCUGCGAGAGGAUGCUGCCCGACUACUUCAACCGCCGAAUUAUAGGUGCUUUGGUUGACCAGGCUGUGUUCGAGGACCUGAUCAGAGAAAACCUCCCCCAGUUGGUUGAACACAUGACGGACUUGACUUUCUUCUCGUCCGUGUCCUUGUCCUGGUUUCUCACGCUGUUCAUCAGCGUCCUGCCCAUAGAGAGCGCCGUCAACGUGGUGGACUGCUUCUUCUACGACGGCAUAAAGGCCAUUCUGCAGCUCGGCCUGGCUGUGCUGGACUACAACAUGGAGGCUCUCAUCAGCUGCAAUGAUGAUGCAGAAGCUGUCACCAUCCUCAACAGGUUCUUUGACAGUGUGACCAAUAAAGACAGCCCACUGCCUCCCACAGUGCAACAAGCCUCAGUAGGAAAUAAUGAGAACGCUUCCCACAUCACUGUAGAUAUCAGUGAACUGACCCGAGAGGCCUACGAGAAACAUGGACACAUCCGUUCAGAGGACGUUGAGAGUUCACGGAAACGCAACAAACUGUAUGUGAUCCAGACUCUGGAGGACACGACCAAACAAAACGUUAUCCGAGUGGUGUCCCAGGAAGUCAGGUUCAGUGUCACGCAGCUUGAUGAGCUUUAUAACUUGUUCAAAAGGCAGCACUUCCUCAGCUGCUACUGGACCAUGAACAGCCCAGCUCUGCUCCACCACGAUCCCAGUCUGGCCUAUUUGGAGCAGUACCAGCUAGGUUUCCAACAGUUCGGCGUGCUCUUUUCACUGCUUGAACCCUGGUCUUUCUGCUCCUCCAAGAGCACCCUUUCCCUCUGGAUCUUCCGCCUAAUAGACGAGAACCAGGAUGGUCUCAUCAAUUUUAAAGAAUUCUGCAACGCCCUCGAUAAUUUAUACAGUGGAUCUUUUACGAAUAAACUGAAAUUUCUCUUCAAACUCCACCUGCCUCCAGCUUUCACAGGCAGUCCUUUGCACUUAAAGGAACAAAGAUGGCAGCACUUUAUUCCACUGACUGAAGACUCUUCUCACUUGAGUAGACUUUCUGCCUUUGACCUCCCAGAAGAUGGUGUGAUACGGAAAAGCCCUGAGAGAGGCAGAGGAAAGGUUGAUCUGCAGACCUAUCUGAAACAGUGGCAAAAUGAAAUACUUAAGAAAGAAGAAACCAUCAAGGACCUGCCCAGAAUUAAUCAGUCUCAGUUCAUACAAUUCUCCAAAACACUCUACAAUAUUUUCCAUGGCGAUCCAGAGGAGGAGUCCCUGUACCGGGCCGUCGCCCAUGUGACCAGCCUCCUCUUGAAGAUGGAGGAGCUGGGACGGAGGCUGCAGGAGCCGAGCAGCCCGUCUGAGACCAGUAAGCCUGCCAGCACCACUGCUGCGGAGGAGUCUGCAACGACAGAAGAGGCCUCCACGACCCCAGAGAGCUCGGACACCUCCAGCUCCCACAGCAGCCAGGACCCCACCGACACGGAGUGGUCCUUUUCUUUUGAGCAGGUCCUGGCCUCGCUGCUCAACGAGCCCACCGUAGUCAACUUCUUCGAAAGGCCCGUCAAUAUCCAGACAAAACUAGGACAAGCUCAGGUGGCCCAGCUCAAACUGAUCGCAAAUAAGUGAAAGAGCACAGAGGGGAGCAGAUAUUUGGUGUCCUACUCACAUCUGCAAGUUCAAAUCAACUUUCACUUGGAUUGUGGCGAAGCAGCAAGUUGCUCUGAUCAAACAGAAGAGGAGAGGACAGAAACCCGUUUGUCGUGCAACGAAGCAGACUGUACAAACUGUUCUGUAACACCUUCACUGUUUUUCAUUCAAAAGGUUAAUGCAGCUGAGGGUUCUUACUCAAAUCGAUGUGUAUUCUUCUUUUUUUUUAGUUCCUAAGCUUCAUUCUCUCGUGUAGCCACACUUUCUCUAGAUAUCUAGUGAAAUUUUAAAGAGACAUUUUGAGCAGUUUUAACUUGAGGUUUUGUGAAAAGCUUUUGAGAUAUGAUCUUACUUGUUGUAGGCGGCCCUUUGAACGACCUUUUGCUGAAAUAGUGACUAUCAAGCUAACAGCUAGUCUGAACAAGGCCAAGCCCAAACUGGUUUGCUUCCAUAUUAAAACAGCUUUAAGAUGGCUGUGUCAUAGGUAUAGACCAGAGUAAACUUCAGCUGAAAGUGGGCCAUAAAUUAUAAAAAAAGUUUAUAAAACUGCUUAC